CUUACAAUGAGCAAUAUUGCAGAGAGUGGUGGGAGGACUCCCACAGGGACAUAUAAGAGGCAUUAUCCUGCAUGUCGACGGAUAUUUCCCCUCUCUCUCUUAUCUCAUAUCCUCGACAACCUUUUGUCUCUUCAUUUUUCCCAUCACAUCACUCAAUCGGCAUACCCCUUUACCCUCCUGCCAUACUCGAUCGACCAUUUCGACCUCCAUACAGAACGGAAACCCCCGUGGCCUGAUAAGCGUACCUUGGGUUUAUCAAAAUGGCGGGAACCAAGCGCAAGUUCAAUCAAUUUGCUUCGGCGUCUGUGGCUGUCCCUGACUUGCAGACAGCAGUUAACAGUACGGUCCCAGCUGGAACUGACAAUGCACAGCCAGCUGGAACUGAAGACCCAAAUAAACCAAAGAGAGCCAAGUGUUCAAUAGAGGACUAUAAUAGGAGGGCUGAGACAAAAGUGAAGACUUCCAGGCGAACUGGCCAGGCGUGUAACCGUUGCAGGGGCAGAAAGGCAAGGUGCGAUAUGGGACCCAAUGGAUGUACAAAUUGCAUUAAAGCAGGGGUGGUUUGCGAAAUGGUUGACCGAAUCAGGGGAGUGUCUGCACCUCGCGGAGCUCUACAAGCAGCACAAGAAGAAAACGCGAGAUUGCAAGCCGAGAACGAGAGAUUGAUGCUUGAGAACGAGCAACUGCACAAUGAGCUAGCAAGAUAUCGAGCCACGUAUCCCGAGCUACCUGCUAAUAACGACCAGAGCAAUCAGCCAAAGACUCUGUGACCGCGCCUCCAGCGACUACAGCGACUACAGCGACAACGACGAACAAAGCGAAUGAUCACGGAGCUGAUCAGGGAACAGAUCAAGCAAACG